GGUCGGUCCUCUGCUACCUGGAGAAGGGCGGACCCACUCCUACGAACCCCACCCAGUCCAGCUCGGACCAAACCAAGCAGGAGCAGGCACCAGAAAGCUGGGACAGCGCCUGUCCAAGCACCCAACGUGUCUUCCUGAGCGCUCCAGGCUGCGCCAUGCUCGCCCUCCAAAGCAGCCUGAGGAGGAUGCUGGCCCCGCGGGCUCUGGUGCAUCUGGUGUGCUCAUCAUUUGCUACUGACCACAGAGAGCGAGAAGGAACAUUCUAUGAGUUUUGUACUUACUAUCUCAAACCCUCAAAUGUGGAAGAGUUCCUGUACAAUUUUAAGAAAAAUGUUCAUCUUCGGACAGCUCAUUCUGAAUUGGUCGGAUAUUGGAGUGUAGGAUUUGGAGGCAGACUAAACACAGUAUUCCAUAUUUGGAAGUAUGAUAGUUAUGCUCAGCGUGCUGCGGUUUACAAAGCCUUGGCCAAGGAUAAUGAUUGGCAAGAACGAUUCCUCAUUCCAAACUUGCCUUUCAUCGAUAAACAAGAGAGCGAGAUUACCUAUUUGGUACCAUGGUGCAAAUUAGGGACGCCUCCCAAGGAAGGAGUCUAUGAACUGGCUACUUUUAUGAUGAAACCUGGUGGCCCAGCUCUAUGGGGUGACGCAUUUGAAAGGGCAGUAAAUGCCCAUGCUAAUCAAGGCUACGUUAAACUAAUUGGCGUGUUUCAUUCAGAGUAUGGAUUGCUCAACAGAGUUCAUGUUCUGUGGUGGGUCGAGGAUGCAGAUCGUCGGGCAGCUGGGAGACAUCAGGCGCAUGAAGAUCCCAAAGUCGUGUCUGCUGUUCGGGAAAGUGUCAACUACCUAGAUACUCAGCAGAAUAUGUUCCUGAUUCCUUGGUCAUUUUCACCACUGAAAUAGUUUCCUACUGACUGUUUUGCUAGCUAAGUGAGAUGUUUCAGUGGCCAGUGCUUCAAUUCUCUCUAGAGAAUUACUUCAACUUUUAUUUGAAGGAAGUGGUAAGUUAAUUUACUGUGCAUUUUUAAAGACCAUUAAAGGCCCUUUUAUUAAACCUAUGUGUGCA